AUGCCACCAGAUCGACGAGUGCAGCGAAUUGUUCGAGUAAGAACUGGUUGUUUGACCUGCAGGCGUCGCAAGAAGAAAUGUGACGAAACACGUCCAAUCUGUGCUGGCUGUCAGCGGAAUGACCUGGGUUGCCAGUGGCCCCCAGAUGUACAGGGCAAGAGAGACAACCGAGAAGACGAAACUCUAGCAUCUGUGAUAGAUGAGCUCCGACCGAAUAUAUUCGAUACCAUUGAAGGGCUUGAUGAAAUAUCAAUUCCUAGGAGUCCCUCAUCGCAACGAGCGCCAUCUGUUUCAUCGAGUGCAGGUCAUUCAGUGACUACUAGAGACCAGCCUGAAGAUAUGCAUGAGGAAACCCAUAAUCAAUGCGGACUGUCAGCAGAUACCGGGGGUUCCCCUACCAGUGACGCCCUUGUCACCUCUGUCGCAGUGGAAAAUGCGCUGCCGCGCAGCCUAUCCCUGCUGCCUGGCUAUGAUGCCGAGUCUUAUCAGCUUCUCAGUCAUUACCUGGCCACAACGGCCGACUGUAUGGCAAAUGGCUCCACGCCUGUUAACCCCUUCCUGGUACAGAUUGUACCCCUGGCAUUUUCUAGUGACUUGUUGUUGCAGCUGGUAAUCACUCAAAGCGCCGCUCACCGCGCGUUUCGAUCACGGGAUGAAUCAGACACAAUUGCCCACAGUCACUACACAAAAGCCCUCCAGCAUUUCCGCCGUGGAGUAACGGACUUUAUUGACGGGAAAGAAUCGAACCCUCUCAUGCUCCUAGUGGGCGCCCUUCUCAUGUGUUUUACUGAGACAGCAAAGGGUGAUAUGAACGGGACAAUAUUCGACCAUUUAUCCGCCGCGAACUCUCUGUUAGUCAAAUUGCUUGCCCAGAGCGACUCGACAGUUCCGCGAGACCUGAAAGAUUUCGUCAUCGAAUACUACACCUAUACCGCGACCGUCAGCAUGAUCUCAAUCGAUGCUCGCUUUAGUGGGCAGCUUUUAUUGAACUUAGAUCUCGAACAACGGUCACGCGAAUUACUUCAGACCCAGUAUGUGGGCAAUUUGUGCGGUUGCUGGCUGGAAUUAUUGUUGCUGAUCCCCUGCAUUUUCGAUCUCGGCCGACAGUGGAUCAUGGACGAUACCCAGGCAGCCGUUCCAACGGCUGAUGAUAUUGCCAUGUUUGCAUCUAUACAAGCCCAGAUUAUACGCUGGUCGCCCUAUCCUAAUGUCGGGACGGAGGUCCGUCUGGCUGGGUUAAUCUUCCAAGAAGCCAUACUCAUCUAUCUAUACACCUCCUUAGGUGGGUUUCAAUACACCAGGGAUGGAAUGUAUAAAGGCAUGGUAGAAAACGCAGUGACAGAAGCCAUGUCUUACUUAGGCGAACUGUCGCCUAGUGCGCGCAUCAACUCUGGCCUAUGUUGGCCGAUCGCUCUCGUGGGCUCAUGUCUUCUCAACCCCGACCAGCAGGACUGCCUACGAGGACGAUUGAAUGCCAUGACCGAGAAAUUUGGUCUUGGAAAUAUGCAUCGAACACUUCUCCUCCUUGAAGCAAUGUGGCGAUCACCUGCAUCCGAGGCCGGACCAUGGAAUAUUUGUCGAGCAAUGCAGGAAAACCAAAUAUGGAUAUCAUUUGCGUGA